CCACAUGCACCGCCGUCGCCGUCGCAUCUGAAGCAAUCGCAACCCGCAAACGGACCGACACAUCGUACAGCACUGCGCCGAGCUAACCGCCCAAGAUCGCUGCUAAGCCUCCGCACUCACGUCGUCACUUGCGCUGCGCUGAAUUCCACCACGCUGCCAACGUCCUUUCUCGACUUCGCUGCUGCUGCUCUGCUGCCUGUCGCAUACCUCCUACGCAUUGACGACUCACUUCUACCCCAUAGCACAGCAUAGCAUAGCAGCACCACCGCCAACAUGAGCUGGAAAGGCUUUGUGAAGGGCGCUCAGCGGACGCCUCAAACCUUCAAACAGCGCUUUAACAUGGGCGAUAUCACCAAGGAUGCCAUAUACAUUGACGCAGAACGCCGAUUUGCAGAUCUGGAAAAGGAAACCAAGAAACUGCACGAGGAGAGCAAGAAAUAUUUCGAUUCGAUCAAUGGCAUGCUCGACCACCAGAUCGAGUUCUCGAAAGCAUGCAAGGAGAUCUACCAGCCUAUAUCUGGACGAGCGAGUGACCCCGAUUCAUAUGUGAUAGACGGCAACCCCGAGGGCAUUCGAGCCUGCGAAGAAUACGAGCUUAUCGUGCAGGAAUUGAAAGCAAGCCUGCAGCCGGAGCUGGAGAUGAUUGAGACAAGAGUUGUAAAGCCUGCCGACGAGCUGAUGGAGAUCAUCAAAGUCGUGCGAAAGACGACUCAGAAGCGCGAUCACAAGCAGCUCGAUUAUGAUCGACAUAAGAAUAAUCUGAAGAAGCUACAAGAGAAGAAGGAUAAGUCUUUGAAGGACGAGAAAGCGCUCUACAAAGCCGAAAACGACGUCGAAAUGGCCACACAGGAGUACGAGUACUUCAACAGCUUGCUCAAAGAGGAUCUCCCGCAGCUCUUCAGACUGGAGCGCGAAUUUAUCGCACCACUUUUCCAGAGCUUUUACUACAUGCAACUCAAUGUCUUCUAUACUCUGCACGAGAAGAUGCAAAACAUCGACAUCGGCUACUUCAACCUAACGCUCAACAUCGAAGAAGCAUUCGAAGCGAAACGCGGAGACGUCCAGCAACAAGCCGAAGCAUUGACAAUAGUCAAAUUCAAGACUACGGGAGGCCUCAAGAAGCCAGCACUGAAAUAUCCGAACCGCCUCGCAAUCGAAAACGGCCGAACAAGUAGUACAAGCUCAGAACAACGGCGACUUACGAUGGGAGAUGCAUCGGCUUACGACAAUCCACCUCCGGCGUACAACGAAAAGACGACCGAUAUUGGUCGGUCAAACACAACUGGCGGCAUGGCGGCUGCAGCGAAAUCGAAACCCGCUCCACCUCCACCUAAGCCAAAGCCUGGUCGUCUCAGCGGUAUGCCUGCUGUCGAGUAUGUGACUGCACUUUACGACUACGAAGCACAAGCGGAAGGAGAUCUCUCGUUUUGGACAGGCGAUCAGAUUGAGAUCGUGAGUAAAACAGAUAACCAGAACGAAUGGUGGCGAGGCAAGGCUCAUGGGAAGGAGGGACAGUUUCCUGGCAAUUACGUGCAAUUGAACUCAUAGCGUGGGUCAAUGAAGCAUCUAGGAUACCUGUGAACAGCAUUUCACGUACCGAUGUCCAGCAUUUUUUUUUGACCACCCUGUUGAUACCUCGACGAGGCUCACCGAGCAUUAAUGUAUAUACGCGCGAAGUCGGAAAUGAAAGGAACAGAUGCACAAAACCC